CCCCUCCCCACACCCCCAUCCAGUGUUGGUUUUCAUCCUUCAAGGAGCCCUGCAGCAGUCCGCACAGAGUUCUUUAUACAUCUCUCUGUCUGAAACACUCUUCUUCCCUUUGCCUAGUUAGCUACUACUCAUCCAGUGUCACGUUCUCAGGGAAGCCUCCUUGAACCCCCAAGUCCAGACCAGAAGCUCCUGUAAAUUCUUUCAAAACCCGUGCUCCUCUCGGAAGAGCACAUAGCUCGGUUUGUAUUUAAACAUGUGCUGUGUGUUGUGGGAUGGGUGCUCUCACUCUGCUCUCCUAGCGUAGUUUUUACUGUCAGGAGUUACUCGCUGUGUCCACAGUGCCCGGCAUAGUGUCUGGUUCGCAACAGGUGCUCAAAAAUUGUUGAAUGAAUAAACGGAUGAACACUCCUUCCCAAUCUCCCUUCAGCCGGUCAUCCGUCUGUGAGUACGUCCGCUCCCAGACUGGGGUGUGUUCCUGGCGGUCGGACUUUGGCAUCUCAUCCAGGCUGGCAGGUGGCUGUGCUCUUUGGUUUGCCUAUCUCGGGCCUCCCGCCAAGCAGACAACUGAACCCACGCCCCGGGCGUGUCGCGGCGUCACGCGGAACCUCCCUGCCUCCACACGUCAGUCCGUUCGCUACCCUGGCAGGAACUGAGCUUAAACUGCAAAACUUCUCUCACCUCCGGACGUGGGAAUUACAGGCUUGGAACUCAAAUCCACGCGGGUGAGAGCCGAGAGAUGUGAGGAAAAUUGGGAGGCGUCCCCCGGCCACGCCCCAUCUACAUUUCGGUCGCAGUCCUUUAAGAACCGCUUCAUUCAAGACUCCGCCGGGACCAGGCAGUGUGGGCGCACCAGGAUUGGUCGGUUCGGGUUUGGGUGUUGCUCAGCAGCAGCGAAUGAGGGCGUGGGGUGGUGUUUCAAGACUCGCGCAUGCGCAUCGCCGCCUACCUGCGCCUGGGCCGCCGGUGACCCGGGCCAGGUUCGCCGGGUGGGCUAAGGUUGCGGAGAAGGCGGAAGGUGGCGCGGCGGCGCGGCGGGAGGGCGCCGACUCCCGGAGGCCGCUGUCGGGGCGAGGUGAGGGCUGGCGGGCGGAGGCGGGCGCUGCAGUCCGUUAGUCAAGAGCUGGCGGGGUCGGGUGUGGCGCAGGGCGGGCCUGGAGGUGGAGGGCCGUCCCUCCCCCCCGGGCCCGCCCAGCCAUCAGGCCCGGCUUAGCUCUCCAGGGCUUCGUCUGGCGUCCCGAAGUCUUCUGCCCACCCUUUUCUGCCGCCGGCUGCUCUCCUGACUCCAGGACGAUCCGAGGUGUCCUCAUGACUUCUCUUGUGGACCAUGUCCAUGAUCCUUUUUGCCUGUGUGGUUAGGGUGAGGGAUGGACUGCCCCUCUCGGCCUCCACUGACUUUUACCACACCCAAGAUUUUCUGGAAUGCAGGAGACGGCUCAAGACUUUAGCCUUGCGACUGGCCCAGUAUCCAGGUCGAGGUUCUGCAGAAGGACUUGCCUUCAGUAUCCAUUUCUCUUCUUCGAGGGAUGUGGCCUGCAUGGCUAUCUGCUCCUGCCAGUGUCCAGCGGCCAUGGCCUUCUGCUUCCUGGAGACCCUGUGGUGGGAAUUCACAGCUUCCUAUGACACCACCUGCAUUGGCCUAGCCUCCAGGCCAUACGCCUUCCUCGAAUUUGGGAACACCACUGGAGGUGCUGUAACGUGUCACUGGAGAACAGCCUUGUACGAUGAGAUUUCACAGCAGUGGAAGGGGCCUGCAAGCGUGGAGGUUCAACACUCUGGCUUUUCAUCUCUCCAGAGCCUGGGGCAGGGUGGAAGAAUGGCGAAACCUGUAUCUUAUUCUGGAGCAGACGUCAGCAAACUGUGGGCCAAGGACAGCGUCAUUCAGAAAGUGAAGUGGCAUUUUAACUAUGUAAGUUCCACCCAGAUGGAGAGCAGCUUAGAAAAAAUUCAGGAGGAACUCAAGUUCCAGCCUCCAGCGCUUCUCACUCUGGAGGACGCAGAUGUGGCUAACGGGGUGAUGAACGGUCACCCACAGAUGCACUUGGAGCCUGCUCCUAAUUUCCGAAUGGAACCUGUGACAGCCCUGGGCAUGCUCUCUCUUAUUCUCAACAUCAUGUGCGCUGCUCUGAACCUCAUUCGUGGAAUUCACCUCGCAGAACAUUCUUUACAGGUUGCACAAGAAGAAAUUGGAAGUAUUCUGGCUUUUCUUAUUCCUUUUGUAGCCUGCAUUUUCCAGUGUUAUUUGUACCUGUUCUACAGUCCAGCCAGGACGAUGAAGGUGGUGCUGAUGCUGCUUUUUAUUUGCCUGGGCAACAUGUACCUGCAUGGGCUGAGGAACCUCUGGCAAAUCCUCUUCCACAUAGGAGUGGCUUUCCUGUCUUCCUAUCAGAUCCUGACGAGGCAGCCUCAGGAGAAGCAGUCUGACUGUGGAGUGUGAGGAUGACGUCAUGGGCUGAACGGAUCCUGUGAUUUUCUUAUGAGGGUCAUGGGUGUUCCCCUUUUUGCUUCUUGACUUCACCUUAAGUCUCCAUCCUUGAAGUUCCUUUCAACCAAAGCGGAUUGAUCCCGAGAGCUGAGACUUUUCAUAGGUGCAGUUGAAAGCAUGAGAUUGCUUGACAUCCAGUCCGAGUUUUGUGCUGAGGGUUACUGCAGAAUCUCCAGUUCAGCACGUUUAUCUCAGACAGCAGAAUCUGGGGGCUUAUUCAGAAAGAGCAUUAUUGGAAGACCAAAAUGGAAUUAUUUUGGUCUUUUAAAUUGAGUGAUGCAAUAAACCACUAGAUUCAAUAAUAGUAGUUUAAAGUAAUUGGCAGUUGUCUCUGAGGAACCACUUAAAAAUCUGUAUCAGCUUUUCAGUGUAAAUGUGACUUGGUUAGUUUUUUUUUUGAGGGCCAGAAGAGGGUGAAUUUAAAACUUUAAAAAGUGGUUUAUAACUAUAAGAUGGAUAAAUUUUGUUUACAUUUUUUGAUAACUUAGGUCUGAUAUGAUACCUUUAGAAUAUUUAAAUAUAUUUUAGGUAUAAGUUGAACAUGUCUUCACUUAGGGUAAGGACAAACUUAAGCUGAGAAAAUGGUUAAGAAAGCUGAAUUUAUUAAAUUUAUAUAUAACCUUUUAUGGUAGUGGGAUUGUAGGGAUAUAGAAAUGUUUUGUAUUUAUUUGCAGGGUAUAUCUGAAUAUUUUUAAAAUUGAGUAACCAGCGCUACCGGAUCAUUAACUUAUAAGCAUGAGCAGAAAUGAGUAUAUCAGGAUUCCUUGCAGUUGGCCACAAACUAGAGUAGGCAAGUCACACAUUUUCAUACGGUGGCACUUUACAGUCACAGGUGGGAGAGGCUGCUGUCAUCAGCCUUUUAGGUGGCGGCCGAAUACCUGUCACUUUAAUCAUGUCAUUUGAUACUUGACCCUGUGUACUUGUUCUCAGAAGAUCUCCCAAAUUAAUUACUCCUCCGCAGCUUUCCCAAUCAUCUUCAUUAGAUUAAGGGCCUCAUUUUUUUAUGAACAAGAGUUAAGUGUGUGUUAACUCUUUUAGAGCUUUAUAGCUUAUAAAGUUUUAUAAUUAACCCUGUGCUCUGAAAAGUUACUUUUCUUUCUCUCAUUGUCAAAAUACUGACUGAUUGUAAUUUUCCAAAAUUUAGAUCUGAAUAUGAUCCCUCAGGUCUCUAGAAAUUUCAGACUGGGUUGCCCAGUACCAUUCAGGAGGCCAUUUUGGAAGUUUGCCCUUUGGAUUGUUCUUCAUAGAAGUCCGGAAUCUGAAUAGCUCCACCACAAUUGCAUAGAAUACUUUGGGUUGAAUUAUGUGAUCUUGAUAAAUUAAAAAAUCCUAUUUUGGUAGUUUUUAAUAGUCAAAAACUGUUGCAAGGGUUAUUGAGCAGAUGGGGAAAGCAAGGAUGUCAUUUUAGGGAAUUCAGUUGUACUUGGUCAUUACUGGUGGUGAAUUGUUAUUGAGCUACCUUGGUGUCACUUAAAAGUCCAUGUGACUAUGAACUGUGUUGGGAAAAUGUUGCCAUGGUAAUUUUAUUUUCUUAUAAUAGAAUUUCCUAUUUUUAAUCAAACAAAGUAUCUGGAUAUGAAAGUUAUGCUGGCAACAUCCUCAGAUGUAAACUUCAGAGUUGUCUCUCCACUGAUUUUGCAUCUGCAUAAUUUUCCGCAUAGCCAGCAGGUGAAUUUUCAGGCUUUCCGGGACAUAAUUUUGAAGAGAUGGUGAAACAGAAUGGGAAGCUAAGGAGGGGAGACAAAUCUUUUUAUAUUAGAAGCACACACACAAAGCUUUAAAAGUUGAUUAGAACUUUAAAAGCUUUAAAAGUUUGAUUAGCUUACCCAAUGUAUUGUUUUCUUUUUGAGCCUGUGUGCUCUUGGUGUUGCCAUGUAGCCCUGUACCCCAGAUGGUCUGGGGUCUGAGCCUGUGAUCCACAUUCAGCAAGUAGUGAAGAACAGUCCUUGCAGAGGAGACCUUCCUGGUGAAUGCCUCCUGCCCUGUUGGAGAGGUUAUUCACACCUGGUUGAAUGUGGUCUGAAUCCGUUAACAUCUAUAUGGGGUUUGAGAUUUACUUUUGCAAACAGAAGGGAAAAGAUGCAGUCGACAAACGCUGUAAAAUAAUGACCACAUAAACAUCAUUUAACUGAAAUCCAGCUAAGAGCAGUCUCAGUUCACUGGUGGUAGAAGCUAAUGAUAGGAAAGGCGUUCUGGAGAUUUUAUCCAAGGGAAAUCCCAGGCUCAGGGGUUGACUUGGUUCAGGCCUGGAGUUUUGUAGCCCUGUGUCAUCCUUGAUGCUAGAAAGUUGACCCCCACGUUACUCUCAGUCCGCCACACACCUCUGUUUUAGCUGUUCUAGCACCUUGAUUUUCUCAGACGUUAACCCAUCUCACAGGGCUGGAUCCUGGGAUAGAUGAAAUAAUGUUGGAAAAACCUUAAAAGUGCCUUCGGGUGUCAGAUGUAGCAAGACCUUGAGCAGCAGUGUGUGAGGUGUCCCAUCUGCUGUAUCUGGGCGGGGAUGUGGCUCAAGGCUCUCUGGCAGGGGCCAAGUCUGAGAGUUCCCAGUCCGCAAGUGUGCUAGUGUGGGAACCACAUAGGCUCUGCUUUUCUUUCCCCAGGCUAGCCUGACUGUGACGAGGACCAUGCCUGGGUUUCCUGUCCUGGGCGGGGGCAGUCAGGCGUAUAUUUGGGUGGGAUUUCCUCUCGGUACUAGAGGCCUCACUGCCCUCAGCGGGAGGAAGGUGACCAUAGGCUCCUGGUUUUGCUUCUCCAGCUGGCACUCCUUUUAUCUGUGAAUCAAGGCCCAAUGUUUUAAAGCUCUUCAAGGGGUGGGAAAAAGGGUAUUAGAAGGAGAGCUGAAAUUAGAACUUUUAGCAUCAUUGCUACCAACCCCCCCUUGAGCUCCCUGUUCUUUUCCUAGGUGCCCCCGUUCAGGUCUCCCCUGCCUCUUUCCACUUCUGCCCCCCACAUUCCAGUCCUGGGGACCGAGACUGAAACUGGAAUCUCUGGAGGGACGGGGAAGCCACCUUUCAUCUUAACGGAUAGGGCGGGUCCAGGAGAUUCAGAGAGGGCGUGCAUGGCCCCAAAGCCCAGCCCUCUUCCCUGUGCACCCCCAGGCACACAGCAAGGCUGGCUGUUUGCGGCCCAGGAAGCAGGGCUAGAUGAGAAGCGGAGCUGGGGGCUGGCUGGCUGCUGGAAGACAGCAGCUGCCCUUGGCACAUGGGGGCUGCACGCCACACCUUCAUCCAGGACUGCCGUCUGUUGUUCCUUGAAGGAGUUGGCUGCUCGUUACAUGAAGGACAGGUGGCCCUCAGAAAACAGUGCAGUGCAGGUGAGGACCAGUGGGGAGGGAGGGUUUACGGUGACCAGAUGAGUGCACAGACCCCUGCCCCGAUGUCGCUCACAUUCCAAGUGAUUCUACACAGAAUCCUGCCCAGGUACGGGGAAACCCUAUCUGUGCACUGUGAGUGUUAAUAAUGGUGGAAGAAGAGAGAGUAGAUGUGCCCUGGAGAGAUGGGGUGGGAAGGAGCUCCCUGUCAGCUGGCCCGAGGCCUGGAGGUCGGCGUGGCUCUCCCACUUGGUCCGGCCCCACAGUGGGUGAGUCGCAGCCCGUUGGCCGGGUAUCCUCUGGAAAACGGUGGUAACGUCAGCCGGCUCCCCUGGCGAGCUGUCAGGAGGGUAGAAGCAGUAGUGGAGGGGAUGCUGGGUGAAUCCAUUGUUCAUGUGCAGGAGGAGAAAGGCUUUGAGUUGGUUCACCCAACAGGCGGAGGUCCUGCAGGCUUCAGGCAGUGCAGCUCGGCACAGCUGUGUCUCCUGGCCUUUACAAAAAAAGGCCUCAUGCUUUCAUUCCAGACAGGUAGCAGCCUCUCUUCCUCCCCCUGGACCUGCCUCCUGCCUUCCAGGCACGGAGCCUUUGGUUCCAGUGGCAUUGGGUCCUCCAGGAUCCAGGGAGGCUGGUUGGACCAAACCUCAUGGCCUGUUUCUGACCCAGAUGAGGAGAGCUGAUUCUCCCUUCUGGGAGCAGUGAUGUCAAACUUCUGUUGCUGGGGAAACGUCAUUGGCAGAGAACCUGUGGAAAAAGACUUGUCAGUAAAAUCUGGGAAUGGCCGGAUAUGGAAACAUCUGCCCAUGUGUACCGAUGGCAGAGCUGUUGCCCACAAGCGCCUUUCAUUUAGGGUAAAAUUAUCAAAUCCAGUCUAUUCCUCUACCCUGUGCUUGGUACAUAUGACCUUCUUUAACCCUUAUACUUACAUGAUUCUGGGUUGUUUCAGAAGUGUUAUUUAAUGAAUGAUUCAUAUAAUGUGGCCCCAGGAUUCCAUUUUGUUUAGUGGACUUUUUUACUAAGAGCAUUAAAGAUUGAGGCUGAUUUAGCCAGAGAAAACAAUUUCCUUCAUGUAUUCAUUUUGAAUGCUUGCUGCCCAUGUUAUACAAGCUUCUUACUGUUUUCAUGUAAUAACAAAGAUCUAUUUUGAGUAAACGAUGAGUGCAUUUUAACAAACUUUCACACAGUAGUAAAGCCUAAACUUGUGUUAAUGUUGGUAACGAAUGUCGUAUAGCCGUUUAUAUACUAUGUAUAUAUAAAUUAAACGAGGUGGCCUCAGAAGUGGGAGGAGAGUAAA